AGGAAAUACAGGAAGAAUAGUUGUGUGUAAAUAAGAACAUAAAAUGUUUGAGUCUCCGAGAAGCCUCCGUGAGGUUUGCAUUGAUUUCAUCUGUAACAAUGUUUUGGGUUUAUGUGAAGUACACCUUGGUGAUACGGGAGAACAUUCCCCUAAUUCACCAGAUGCAAGUACUUGUAAUCAGCAAGUUAAUUCAUCAGUACAUAAUAAUAAUACAGAUAUUUUGGGUGCAACAACAGCUAGGGCAUCUAAUGAUGGGUCAUCAAGUUCAGCAACAAGACUUAGUUUUAGACAUUCAGAUGCUUUUUUACCUGCUGAAAUUUCGGAACAAUUAUUGUCUAACUUGUGUGAGAAGAAAACUUUGUCUGAGAUGAUUUUUCAUAGACAUGUGCGACUAAAAGAUGCAUCUGCAUUAUCAGCAAAGGGGUUAAAAGUUUUAAAACAACAUAAAGUGAUACAUCUGGUUGUAAAUGGGUUAAAAAUAACUGUCAAUGACCUGAUAAGUUGUUUAGGUGACUGGAGUGUACAAAAUCUUAAUUUAUUAUAUUUAUAAAUAAAUAAAAUGUUUCAUUUAUGAAUAGUUUGUGUAUUUUGUAACAGGUAUUGCGUCAUUGUAACAUUAAGCAAAUUGAGGGCACUGCAUACAUUAAAUGUAUCAGGAACAGAAUUUAAUAAACAUGGUUUGGAAAUAGUUGUUGAAGAUCUUCCUCUUCUAGAAAGUUUAGAUAUUUCAUGUACAAAGGUUGAUGAUAUAACACCACUAAAAAAGUGUAAAAACCGUCUAAAAACUCUUAAUAUGUAUAAUUUAAAAAUAGAUGAAAGUGCAAAUUUAAUCUCAGUAUUAUUGGAACUAAAUGAACUAAGAAACUUAGAUAUUUCAGAUGAAAAAGAUAUGCAUGCUCUUAACUCUGUGUUAGGGCCUGCAAAACCAAAAAUAACAGACUUUUUGAAAGCUGUACAUUGUAUGCCAUAUCUAACUAAUUUAGAUUUAUCUGGUAAGGGUGAUAUAGAUCCAAAAGAUUUAAAAGAAUUUAUUAAAGCUCAUCCAUAUUUGAGGUUUUUGGGACUUGUAAGUACAGAUGCUUGUUAUGUUGACAGUUUAAUAACUCGAACAAAUGAAGAUUAUAGGUCUGAACUUGUUGUUAGUGGUACAGCAUCAGAAUCUCAAAUUUUAGAAGCUCUCAGAAGGUAUACAUGCAGACCGCUUUAUCUUGAAAAAUGUUUAUUUAAUUUAUUCCGUUUAACACACAAUUUUCUUGAACCACGGGUUGACGUUAUAAAGUUAGUAUUACCUGGAAUGAGAGAACAUCCACAGGAAGUUCGUGUACAAGUGCCAUGCACUGCAUGUCUUUAUAAUCUUACUAAAGGUGAAUUUGCCAUCGUGAUUCACCCAUCAAUACUUAAACAAGUUGUUGAACUAACAAUGAUAGCAAUGGAAUCUUAUCCAGCUAACUACAGACUUCAGAUGAAUACAUUAUUGAUUUUAUGUAGUGAUAGAAUUCUGCAGGACGUUGCUUUUGACAAAUACAGAUGUGCAAGAUUAGUGCUAAAUUCUUUAUCAACUUUCAAUGAACCAUCAAUGAAUCGUAUGUCAGUUGCUAUUUGCUCAAUAUUAGCAGCAAAAAUAUCAACUGUAGAAACAUCUAUGCUUGGUGCUCAACCUCAGUAUAUGUCCAAAUUGCUAGCAAUGGUUAGGUCUAAAGUUGAAUCUAAAUCAGUAGAUAUAACAAUGAAAUUUACAUUAAGUGCUUUAUGGAAUUUAACUGAUGAAAGUGCUACAACAUGUGAAGUCUUUCUCUAUGAAGGUGGAAUGGAGUUAUUUCUUAAAGUGCUGGAAAGCUUUCAAGGAGAAUCCAGUGUUGAAACUAAAGUACUUGGUCUAUUAAAUAAUAUAGCAGAGGUGGUUCAUUUAAGACCAAGACUCCUGCAACCUAGAUUCAUCUCCAUGCUUUCUGUGUUGUUAACAUCUACACACAUUGAUGUAUCUUAUUUCGCAGCAGGUAUUGCCGCACAUUUGCUUAGUGAUGGUCCAUGUGCAUGGGUUAUAUCAUCACUAAUAAGUAGAGAUGAAUUAUUAGAACAAUUAGCUCAUACUGUAACUCAUUGGCAAACACCGCAAGGAGAAAUGGUUGCAUAUAGAAGUUUUCAACCAUUUUUUCCACUUCUGCGUUGUUUCGAUGCGUACCCCGUUCAACUUUGGGCAGCUUGGGCAAUACAUCAUGUAUGCACAAAAAAUCCAAAACGAUACUGCAGUAUGUUAAUCAAAGAACGUGUUGUGGAGAUAUUAAAAUACCUGGAAAGUACGCAUACAGAAAAUACAACAAAACCAAAUUUGCAAAGUUUAUGUCAAUCAAUUCUUGAAACACUUGGAUUAAAUUCUUAACGAUCACUAUUGCCUUCCAAAACAAAAUUUGCGUACCACGAAGUUGGUAUACUAGUCAAUGUUUAUCUCAAUGCAAUCUUAUAUCCUGUUCUUUAGACCAAAUAAUUAAAACUGUUAUGUGAACACGGAUAUUUAUCAAAAGAGGACUGAAAUGAUACAAGUCCAGGAUAUUGCUAUUAAACUCUAUAGAUUUAAAUU